AUGGACUUCACUGCCUGCAUUCCUGUUUUGUCAGUAUGUGUGUUAACGACAAUCCUCGGUUGUAUAUUUGGGUUGAAACCAAGCUGUGCCAAAGAAGUAAAAAGCUGCAAAGGCCGCUGUUUUGAGAGAACAUUUGGGAACUGUCGCUGCGACGCCGCCUGUGUGGACUUCGGGAACUGCUGUCUGGACUACCAGGAGACGUGUCUAGACCCAGCGCACAUCUGGACUUGCAACAAAUUCCGGUGUGGGGAGAAGAGGGUGUCCGGAAGCCUCUGCUCCUGCUCAGACGACUGCAAGGACCACGAGGACUGCUGCGUCAACUACAGCUCUGUGUGCCAAGAUGAGCAAAGCUGGUUAGAAGAAACGUGUGAGAGCAUUAACACACCCCAGUGUCCAGAAGGGUUUGACAGACCUCCUACGCUCUUAUUUUCUUUGGAUGGAUUCAGGGCAGAAUAUUUACACACCUGGGGUGGACUUCUUCCUGUUAUUAGCAAACUGAAGAACUGUGGGACAUACACUAAAAACAUGAGACCCGUGUACCCAACAAAAACCUUUCCCAAUCACUACACUAUCGUCACAGGCCUUUAUCCAGAGUCUCAUGGCAUAAUCGACAAUAAGAUGUUUGAUCCUCAAAUGAAUGUUUCUUUUUCGUUUAAAACUAAAGAGAAAUUCAACCCCCAGUGGUACAAAGGAGAGCCAAUCUGGCUCACAGCCAAGUACCAAGGCCUGAGGACUGGCACCUUCUUUUGGCCAGGAUCAGAUGUGGAAAUUAAUGGAAAUUUUCCAGACAUCUACCGAGUGUAUAACAGUUCCGUACCAUUUGAGAAAAGGAUCUUAGCUAUUCUUGACUGGCUGCAGCUUCCACAAGGGGAAAGACCACACUUUUACACUCUGUAUUUAGAAGAACCAGAUUCUUCAGGUCAUUCCUAUGGACCAGUCAGCAGUGAGGUCAUCAAGGCCCUGCAGAGGGUGGACGGCAUGGUCGGCCUGCUCAUGGAAGGCCUCCGGGAGCUCAAGCUGGAUAAAUGCCUGAACCUCGUCCUGAUUUCAGAUCACGGCAUGGAACAAGGCAGUUGUAAAAAGUAUGUGUACCUGAAUAAAUACUUGGGGGAUGUUAAAAAUAUUAAAGUCGUCUAUGGGCCAGCUGCUCGAUUGAGACCCUCCGAUGACCUCAAUGAAUACUAUUCUUUUAAUUAUGAAGGUGUUGCCAGAAAUCUCUCUUGCCGUGAACCCAAGCAGCACUUCAAACCUUACCUGAAACAUUUCUUACCCAAGCGUUUUCACUUUGCCAAAAAUGACAGGAUCGAGCCCCUGACCUUCUACCUGGACCCACAGUGGCAACUUGCGCUGAAUCCCACGGAAAGAAAAUAUUGCGGAAGUGGAUUUCAUGGCUCUGACAAUGUAUUUUCAAAUAUGCAAGCUCUCUUUAUCGGCUACGGACCCGGAUUCAAGCAUGGUGUUGAGGUUGACACCUUCGAAAACAUUGAAGUCUAUAACUUGAUGUGUGAUUUACUGAACUUGACCCCUGCUCCUAAUAACGGAACCCACGGAAGUCUUAACCAUCUCCUAAGGCAUCCUGUCUACACCCCGAAGCACCCCAAAGAAGCAUACUCCCCGCUGAAAUGUCCCAUCACGGCGACGCCCAGAGACAACCUCGGCUGUUCCUGCGACCCCUCGAUUUCGCCUAUUGAGGAUUUUCAGACGCAGUUUAAUCUGACCAGGACGGAAGAGAAGAACAUGGACCGAGGUGCUUUACCCUACGGGAGGCCCCGUGUUGUUCAGGAGAAGAGCAGUGUGUGUCUGCUGUAUCACCACCAGUUCGUGAGCGCCUACAGCCGCGACAUCCUCAUGCCCCUCUGGACGUCCUACACCGUGGACAGAAACGACGGCUUUUCUCCGGGGGACUCCUCCAACUGUGUGUUCCAGGACCUUCGGAUCCCUCUCAGUCCUGUCCAUAAAUGUUCCUUUUAUAAAAACAACGCCAAACUGAGUUAUGGAUUCCUCGCCCCACCGCAACUAAGUAAAGAUUCAAGUCAAGUAUAUUCUGAAGCGUUGCUUACUUCUAAUAUUGUGCCAAUGUACCACAGUUUUCAAGCUGUGUGGCGCUACUUCCAUGGCACCGUGGUGCCCAGGUACGCGGAGGAGAGGAACGGCGUCAACGUGGUCAGCGGCCCCGUGUUCGACUCUGACUACGAUGGGCGCUAUGACUCCGCCGAGACGCUGAAGCGAAACAGCAGAGUCAUCCGUAACCAAGAAGUUCUGAUUCCUACCCACUUCUUCGUUGUGCUCACCUGCUGUAAAAACGCGUCCGGGACCCCCUCGUAUUGUGAAGGCUUAGAUACCACGGCUUUCAUCUUGCCUCACAGGCCCGACAACAGUGAGAGCUGCGCUCAUGAGAAGAGUGGAUCUUCGUGGAUUGAAGAGUUGUUAAUGUUACACAGAGCACGGGUUACAGAUGUUGAACUCAUCACCGGGCUCAGCUUCUAUCAAGAAAGAAAACAGCCAGUUUCAGACAUCUUGAAGUUGAAAACACAUUUGGCAACCUUUAGUGAAGAAGACUGAUUUUUUUUUUUUUUAAUUUCAAAAAGCCCCAGCAAACAAAAAUAACCAAAAGCGACACCAUGAGUCUUUCUGAGGGAAUCUCAUAUUUUCCACAGUCCGGCACCCACACGGUCACAUUGUUUAGAAACUGGCAAGCAGAGUCAGAACCGGGACUCCUCUGUGAUAUGAAGAUCUCAGGGAACCUUGGGGACUCGGCCCAGCAGCGGGAGGUGUUCCUGUCAUGCCCCACACAGACAGAAUGUGUAAGAACAGUGCGCACUAUUCUUCUGAGACCUUGUCCCUAACUGCGAGUCCACUUCUCUUCACAGAGGAGUAGCUGUGAAGAUCCUCUAGACACCAGAUAUUAGUACUGCAUUAUUGACAAUAAACCUUUACGAUGUUGUCAAACACUAGACUGAUUAAUGGGAUUGGAACGGUCCGUGUUACAUUAAUAUCACUACAA